AUGGGAAGCGGCGGUGGCGGAGGUUCAGCAGGACCUUUGGGCGGCGCAGCCGGUAGCUCAGGGUCGGGGGGAGGCGGGAACAACAUGAUGAUAUUCUCAGCCCCCGCCUCGUCCUCCGCGGCGCUCACCGACCCUUUCUUCUCUUCUCCCCACAGAAACCCUAAUCACAGUCUGUCCAGUUUCAUGGCUAGCCUUCCCCCCUUUCAUGGCUUCCCUAGUAUCAUCCCUGUAAGUUCUCUCCAUUUUUUCUCUCUUCGUAUGCCUGCAUUUCUUCAUUUAUUCCGGAUUUAAGUUCAUGAUAGAAACACCACGUCUAGAUGUGGAAUCAUAUCCUUUACUCAUCAUUCUUUUCCUCUCUCUAGAAGUUGUAUCCUUUGAAUCCGGAGUAAAAGUUUAUGCUAGAAACAACAAUGUGUGAUGCUUUCUUCUCUAUUUGUGGGUGCAGAAGGAGGAGGGAGGGACGGUGGCUGGCAUGGGGAUGGGCAAGGAGGUGGAGAUGGAGAGCGGCGGCUCGGGGAGUGCUCAGCUCGACGGCGCCGCCAGUUGUGGUGAGGACCAAGACGACGACCUCCUCUUCGCGUCACAGCAGCAGCCGCAGAACCGACAGCAGCAGCAAAACGGCAGCCAAGCCAAGAAGAAGCGCUACCACCGUCACACCGCCCACCAGAUUCAAGAAAUGGAAGCGUGAGCGACCCCCAAACUAUUACCGAAAACUUCAAGAAUAAUUCGGUGUACACAUACAUUAGCUUUAAAUGUACGUGGUUUCGUAUUUUGAUGUCUGCAGGAUGUUCAAGGAGUGCCCACACCCGGACGACAAGCAGCGGCUGAAGCUCAGCCAGGAGCUGGGCCUGAAACCACGGCAGGUCAAGUUCUGGUUCCAGAACCGCCGCACCCAGAUGAAGGUUAGGGUUUCGACAAUCCCCUUUAAUACAUCCCUCUCUCUCUCUCUCCCUCAAUUCCCAAUCUGCUUCGGUAACGCUCGAUGCGUUCGGAAGAUCCUCCUACCUGCUAAUUAAUGCUGCGAGGGGAGCGAAAGGUAGAAAAUGGAAAGGAGAGAGUAGCAAACGAGUUUUUUGGAGGGCUGGGGGUCUUCGCACGUGCUUCAUCGCAUGAUUCCGAAGCGUUGGCACGCUUGCGUACCACCUCUUUUUGGUUCUUUCCCUAUUCUCUUCCUCCGUUUCCAUGGCGACGAUAAUAACAAUAGAAGGAGAUGGUGCAGGCGCAGCAGGACCGGGCCGACAACGUAAUGCUUCGGGCGGACAACGAGAGCCUGAAGAGCGAGAACUACCGCCUCCAGGCCGCCAUGCGCAACGUCAUCUGCCCCAGCUGCGGCGGCCCCGCCGUUUUUGGCGAGGUCUCCUUUGACGAGCAGCAUCUCCGCCUCGAGAACGCCCGCCUCAAAGACGAGGUAAAGAAGGGAAACCUACAAGUUCUUCAUUCCGGGGGUUCGCACGUGAGAGGGAUCUCGACACGGGUGAGACACCUCUUCUGGGCAAAGCGCGUGAAUUGAUUGCUCUCCGUGCAUGCACAGACACGUGCGUGCUCUUCUCCUCCUCGACCCUUCUGCAUGUGGAGGGAGUUGGCGUGCAGAGAGAGAGAGGGAGAGAGCACAGUGGCCUCUCCGUCCAUUUCGCUAUGAUUUGUAGUGGCUAUACGCCCUAAUCCAAUAGAAGGGAGAGAGAGAGAGAGAGAGAGCGAGAGCGAGAGAUCUACUCUCAUCUCUCGUAGGAGGUUCCACAUCUUCUGCGGUUUCAUGGCUUUAUCCAUGAAACAUAGAGACCCAGCUGACGAGUUUCAUCUGUGUUACCAGCUGGAGAGGUUGUCGUGCAUCAUAUCGAGGUACGGGCACCGAACCGUGCCGCCACUGGUUGCGGGGACGUUGCCGCCGCCGGGACUGCUGCUGCCGCCGUCGCUUGACCUCGACAUGGGCAUCUACGCCCGCCACUUCAGCGAGCAGACGGUUAUGAACCCCUGCGCCGACGUCAUGACCACCCUCUCCUCCCGCGCUCCCGGUUUUGCGGCGGCAGGGAUGACGGAAGCUGGUCAGCAGGUUGACUUCCAGAGCGAGUUAUUCAUCAUGGACCAAGACAAGACCCUCGCUCUGGACCUAGCCAUGACGGCGGCAGAGCAUCUGGGGAGGUUGUGCCGCAAGAACGAGCCGCUGUGGAUCAGAGGAGCCGCGGGUGGCGGUGGUUGCGGCGGCUACGAUGUGUUGGACCUGGACGAGUAUCAUAGGGCGUUCCAGUGGCCAGUUGACCUAAAGCAGGGGCAAGGGGGCAUCGAAUUCAGAAUCGAGGCGACGAGGGAGAGUGCUCUCGUCAUCAUGAACAGCAUUACACUGGUCAACUCCUUCAUGGAUGUCGUAAGUAUCUAUCAUAAAGUCGCCAUACGUUAGUCGACCAUUUUAUCGACCAUUUUAUCCCUGUUGAAUUCUAAUCCUCAGAAAUGCCAAUAGAGGGUAGUAUAGCCUCGUCUCUACGUUUUAGUCCGGAUUUCUCUUUUUAACUCUCUCUCUCUCUCUCUCUCUCUCUCUCUCUCUGGUUAUACGUCCAGAACAAAUGGGUAGAGAUGUUCCCUUCUAUCGUCUCGAGCGCCAAGACCAUCCAAGUGCUUUCCUCUGGUAUCUCAGGCCACGGGAAUGGCUCUCUUCAUCUGGUAAUCCUCAUUUUAAGUUGACUAAUUUCGUAAUUCCUAUGAAAUUUCCAUAGAUUCGGAACGUUCCACUGGCCUUUGCGCCCACUCACACGCUCUCUCUCUCUCUCUCGAUGCAGAUGUACGGCGAGUUCCAGUUUCUCUCUCCUUUGGUACCCAUGAGAGAGGCUUACUUCUUCAGGUAUUGCCAGCAGAAUGCCGAGGAGGGGACCUGGGUAGUGGUGGAUUUCCCAGUUGAUGGCUUCAAUGAUGGGCUCCAAGUUCCUUUCACUAGAUACAGAAGGCGUCAUUCAGGCUGCGUUAUUCAGGAUAUGCCGAAUGGGUACUCCAAGGUGAGCCCCAUUUGCAUGCUUUCCAAUAAAGAUUUGAGAAUCUUAUGACUGGUGGGUUCUCUAGAACGUUGAACGGUAUUUUUCUAUUUAAUUUUUAAUAUUAAAUUAUACGGCUGUUACAUGUGUUUUUCUGUGAAUUACUGUGAUUUCUCCUUUAAUAUGUUUCUCUGUUUCCGUUUCGGUUCUCUGUGUCAAAGCUUUGGGUGAGCUUGAAAAACUUAGGAAGAUUUAGCCGGACAUGGGAUCAAAAUAUUUAGUUGAAGCAUACUGGAAAAAAAUGUAAAAAAUAAGGAAUUAAGAAUAAAAAUGUAAGAAAUUAUUCGUAGAAAUAUUAUUAUAUUAACUUUUGGUUGUAAGAAGUUCCCAUUUCACCUAAUACAUUUUUUUUUUUACAAUUAUCAUUUUUUGUAUAAUUACAAUAUGCAUGUUCUUGACGUUUCCUUAUAGAUUUUGUCGCUCGAAAAUUGAGGGAUUACACUAGAUCAAAGAAACAUUCCACAGUUUAGUGCGCGCGCGCCAUCUUUUUGCCUGAUUUGAUCGAAAAUAUAGGGAAGAUCGCCUGAAAUGGAUGACAUCUGUACUUUCGUUUGGAAUCAGAUCGCCUGAAAGGGAAGACGGUUGCUAUCUGUCUCUACUUAUUGCUCAUGGUUAAUGAGACUACAUACGCCAUCUUCAUGCGCGGUCCACACUGCAUAAGACAGCUCUGAGUCUAAAUAAGAGCAACCGUCUUCAUUCAGGUGACGUGGGUGGAAUUCGCCGAGGUUGAAGACAAGCCCGUGCAUCAGAUAUUCAAUCAACUCGUCAGCAGCGGCAUGGCCUUCAGCGCGCAACGAUGGUUGGCGGUCCUUCAACGCCAGUGCGAGCGUCUUGCCAGCCUCAUGGCGAGAAACAUUUCCGAUCUUGGAGGUACUUAACAUCGAUGAACCUUAAUCUAUAUCUAAAUAAAACUUUAGGAAUAGUCUCACAAUCAUUUGACCGAGUGUUUGGGACUUCUUCCACGCAUUGUCGGUUGAAUCGGCCCUCGAUACACGGACUAUUAUGAUACAGAACCACAAUCUACUUUGAAAUUCGCGUUUAUCUCGACCCCUCGCGAACGAUUUUUUUUCAUACGUUCGGUUUAUUUAUAUAAUUUUGAGCGGAGAAGCCCUAGGUAUUUAACCAGCGUCUAGUAUUUUCCCUUCGAGAAUGGAACUGACUCUUCAUGAUGUUUCAUGCUGCCGUGAAAACGAUCUACUGAGAAACCCUUGUUUAUGGUGGCAUUGCCCAGAUUUCCGGCCGACUCCCCGCGUUUUUGUGUCCUGUUAUUGUUAUGAUACCGGGGCCAUGGACGGAUGAUCUUGAGAGAAACCCGUGUUUAUCAUAACCUACUCUUAUUGUUUUCUAGAGUAAACAAUCGUUUAUUUCCGAAUGAUCUUGGAGGUACGUCCCCGCUUCUCCACCACGUCCAGGUGGUUUAUCAAGCAUGGGAACACAGUAAUAGAGCCACUCUUGUGACGAUAGUGCAUGUUCUUCGCUGUUUUCUCAUAUAUUCCGUCUCUUUUCCACUCAACAUGUUGAGGAGACCAUAACCAGGUCAUUCCUGCCACCAUAUUCCACUCUGCGGAAGAAUAGUUAAUCCAGAAAUCCGCUCCUGAGAAGAAUCUGCCAUUCCUGUUUUGAUAUUGCAUUUGUAGAAGAAUCUAGUGAGAAGCACGUGCUUGUUACAACCUUUAUCCACCAUUUCUGAUACGUUGGAAUGGUUAUUGCCCCAGUGAUCCCCUCGCCAGAGGCCCGGAGGAACAUGAUGAAGCUCUCCCAGAGGAUGGUCAGGACCUUCUGCAGUAACAUCAGCUCCUCGGCUGCACCGUCAUGGACGGCACUCUCAGAUUCGUCCGGAGACACGGUUAGGGUUACGACCAGGAAGAACAUGGAACCCGGCCAACCCAACGGCGUCAUUCUCUGUGCAGUAUCCACAACGUGGCUGCCCUACUCCGCCGACCAGGUGUUCGAGCUUCUGACGGAUGAGAAGAGGAGAUCCCAGGUUCGGCCGCAGCACUUGGCCCUCAUUUCUAUCAGAGUGUUUAUUGAUAUUUCUGAGAAGUCGAUCCCGCUGAGGCUGAUGUUGAUCUCCGGCGUUGAAUGUGCUCCAGCUGGACGUGCUCUCCGGGGGGAACUCGCUGCAGGAGGUGGCUCACAUCGCCAAUGGAUCCCACCAGCGGAACUGCGUCUCUCUUCUCCGCAUCAACGUAAGAACAGUUAGAUUUCUCGACUCCUCUUAUUAUUCUUCUCUCUUCUGUCUCUAUUUUGGCUCCUCAAGUUUUAUCGUAAGCUCAAGAAGGGCUUCAGAUGAUGCUCAAUUAGUCUAUCUUCUCCCAAUUCAGCCCAGCUCUUCCUCUCCGAACUCAUUCCCCCUCCUCGUCUCUGGGAAAGAAUAGGAAGACUUGCAUUCAAUCUCGCGAAGAGCCUAAUCCGAUGUUUUUUGGGUCUAUUUUCUCCCAGUCUAACGUCUCUCGUCGAUCCCUAAACAUCUCUUUCGUCCUCUCUGUCUCUCUCUUUAAAGAAGAGGGUUUAUUCCACAAGACGCUCGAGACAGGCAUAAUCUGAUGCUUUUUCUAGUCCACUUACCCCCAAUUAAGCACCAUUUCUCCCAAUUCAGCGUAGCACACCCGAUAAGCUAGCGGCGUGUUCUUUAGCGCUGUUUUAAGUCCGUUUUCUCACAAUCCAACCAGGAUAUGUAGGUCUUUUAGGUUUUCGGAAGAGUUCAUCAGUCUCCCUUCUUUCUGUGUGGGGUAGCUGGACAGCUAGGGUGGUGGGCGGGAGGGCUUGCGAGGUGGGGGUUCCUUGGUCGUCUGAAUUGACAGCAACAGUAAAUAAGCCUCAGAAGGGUUGCCGAGGGGUCUUCAAGUUUGUCUGCGCAGUUCAUCUGUCAGAAAUCUCACCCUCUUUCUUGCUGCACUGUUGUUGGUCUUCGAUUUAUUCUCUCUCUCUCUCUCUCUCUCUCUCCCAUUCUCUCUGUGGGUGGUGCAGGAUCUAACGUGGGUUUAAUGCAGGCUUCUAGCAACUCGUCCCAGAACGUGGAGCUGAUGCUGCAGGAGAGCAGCACCCACCCGACCGCCGGCAGCCUCGUCGUCUGCGCCAACGUGGACGUGAACGGGAUCCAGCUGGCGAUGAGCGGCGAUGACCCCUCGUGCAUUCCGCUCCUCCCCAUGGGCUUCGUCGUCCUCCCCGCUACGGCGAUCCCCGAGGACGCCACUGCCGGUGGGGCCGGCGCCGGCGGCUGCCUCCUCACCGUGGGCCUCCAGAUCAUCGCCAGCGCGAUACCCUCUGCCAAGCUCAACCUCUCCAGCGUCAAUGCCAUCAACAACCACCUCUGCAACGCCGUCCACCAGAUCAGCACCGCCCUCGCCGGCGGCGCAGGGGCCGACCAGGCGGCGCCGCCGCCCUUCCCGGAGGUCAAGUGAACCAGACAAGGCGGCCGGAUCACCCUCACCAGCACCGUCCCUCUCCAGAGCAGCGAUGAUCUGAAAUGACGAAAAUACCAUCGAUCCGUCGAUGGCAUUUUGGGCAUUUCAGACCCAUCCCCUCCCUCUCCGCCCUGCAGCUUGGGCUAGGGUUUUGGGGGAGUCUCCGUGGUGAUCUGCGGCCGAAGCUCAAUAAAACCCGGGAACGAAGGCAGGAACGUCAAGGAAGCUAUCGUCGUCGUCGUCGUCGUCGUCCUUUUGCCGGGAAUCUGUUGUUUCCUUAGAUUUCUUUUGGACUGCGGGGAAGAAGAAGUCUGAACAGUGGAGAGAGAUGCGGGGUGGAGAACAGUGGAGAGGGGGAGCAGCGGGGGGGAGUCAAGAGCGCACCAGAGGCCAUUAACUGCCCUGCCAUCGGAGAUCAGGCGGGAAGACGGCUGCUGGUUCGGGAAUUGACUCUUCCUCCUCCCACUCCUCCUCCCUGUCAGUGGGUUGUCUUCGUCCGCUUCUUCUUCUUCUUCUUCUGACUGUGUAUGUUAGGUGUGGAUGCUUUGUGGGUUGCAUUAACUGCCCAUUUAUGUUCUUGCGAUGCCUUCCUUCGCCCUUGUUUCUUGUGGGGAUGCCCGUCCUCUCCGUUUCUACAGUUGGGCUUUUAUGAAUGAAGGGUCCUCUCAGGGUGGGUGGGAGGGGCGAGAGAGAGAGAGAGAGAGAGAGAGAGUAAAUGUAGGUGCAGGAGGGUGGGGUGGGGGCAUUUACUCCACCCUACUGUAAGUGACGAGAGAAAGUCAGAUGAUCAACGGUCAUUAGAAUGCUCAUAUCAAUCUGUUAACUGGUUUGGACUCUCUCUCUCUCUCUCUCUCUCUCUCGCUCUCUAUCUACCUCUAUCUGUAAGAAGCUCAAUCAGUGUAAAAGUUUGAAAGCAUCACAUGGCGGUCCUCAGAAGACCCAUUUACGGCUAGUCUUUCUCAACUUCUAUCCCAAAAUCAACCGUAACCAUGGUUCAACCUGCUCUCUCUCUCUCUCUCUCUAGAUUAUAUGAAGGGUUGGGACUGGAACAAGCCCAGAUUUUGAUGAGGCCCAAGCCCAUCCAAUCCAAUCCACAUUUGACUUCCGGAGUGGGUAGAAGUUCAAAAGACGUAACAUUGAUAUAUAUAUAUAUAUAUAUAUAUAUAUAUAUAUGGCUAGCGAGAGAGAGAGAGAGAGAGAGAGAGAGAGAGAGAGAGAGAGAGAAGGGAAUUAGGAUGAUGAAGCAUUAGAAAACAUAAGGAUAAUAUUAAGAACCAAUGUAUUGAACUAUAGUUACCAUAAAAAAUAGCCCUUUAGUCGAGGGAACCAUGUUUUUGGUAACAUCUGGAGUUCCCAAUUGCCAACUGGACAAUGUCUUUUUGGGCCGGCCCAACGCUAUCCUCUCCGAACCGCUCCAUUAUUGGGCCGAACAGAAUUUCAUGGCGGCCCAAUUCACGGCCCGUUUUUCGGCUCAAUAAAGGGUCGAGCCCCCGUUUCCCUUCCCUCCCCUCCCCAAUUGUGAGAUGCUGAGCUGGCGACCGUCCGACGGGGCCUCCAACUCGGUGAUGAUGGUCAACUAGCCUCGCCCGCUGACUUGCACCGCUUCCCUCACCUAACCCAGCCGUCAAGACACUCACCCGGUCCUCGCAUGGCCUGGUCAACCUUCCCGCUCUUGCUUUUCCCGACGGUAUCUUUCUCUGACCACGUCCUCGCUGACCAGUCAACGCAUAGACCGAGAGCGAUGCGACUAGUGGUGCUCUAGAAAUUCUUACCGGACUCGUGCCACGUAGCGGGGGAAUAUGCCGCACGUGCUUUCCGUUGUCGACCUGCCUGCCGGUGGGAUUGCGGCGUCAGGUUCACGGGUGGGGUCCACACAAUCGAUGGCUCUGCCAGCGAUCUGUGGAUCUGACGGGCUACAUUGGUCACUCGUGAGGUGGGACCCACGGUAGGUGGAGCGUUCAUUCGAACCACGUAGCACUCCGCCAGGUCACAUCCCUAACCGGGGGGGGGGGGGUAUGACAGGGGAUAAAACACGGGAAAUGAUAAAAUAACUAGAGUUGACUAGUUCGACAUCUUAAAUAAUGUCAACAGCCUUCACUAUCAUUCAGAGUCCUCCACUCGUAUUUUACCAUUUGGGGUGGCGUUGACCAAAGUCAUCGGAUUCCCAGCACCACAAAUCAACCAAUGAUUGACUUAUCCUUCAAAACCCACCGAAACGGGGGGACUUUUCCGUGGGUGCAGAUUGUAGAUGACCUCAUGUCACUGUGACGUCAUGAUGACGAUGCAGUGGUUACUAUUUUUGCAUCCUGACGUCUCUCCUGUAAUCCUUAUGUUCCUAAUUUUGGGCUGCCCAAUGAAGUAAGAGUCAACGGGCAGCCGGCGCUACGACCAGUCCAAACAUUAGAGAGAGAGAGAGAGAGAGAGAGAGAGAGAGAGAGAGAGAGAACCAGGUCGGGCCGGACCGGGCUGGACCGAUUUGGCUAAUUGGAGCCGUAAAAGCUGGAUAGAAUCGGGGCGGCUCGAGCCACGGACUUGAGUAAUUGCGGCUAGGGAGGGUGUGGAUGCAAAGACCAAACUUUGGUGGGGUUUUUCUGGAAAUUUCAUUCCGCGGGUUGUCAACUCACGGGUCUUCAGCUCCCUCAGCGCCUGGCAGAGGAGGAAACGGCGGCGGCGGCGGCGGCGGCCGCGGUGGUUACACACGCUUUCUCUGACGACCGCCAGUGUAAGACCCUUUCACGUGGGGGUGAAUGUUCUCUUACGGUUACCGGAGCGGCCGUGCCCUCUUUAUGGCGCAGGAAAGAAAUGAUGCAAUACGGGAUAAGGUAACCGCCAGGUAGCGGGAGUCGCCCGUCCGUAACUGCCAGCUCAUCCCGUUCUGGCAGGGAAGCUAGAUCUGACGGCUGAGAAUCCAUCGAAGCGACACGCGUCGGCUUGUAGGGGAUUAUCUUGCUCCCCCCCCGUCUCUCAGAACACCCUAUUUUGACUGGAAAGUGACGCCGGCCUAGGGAGGGGCGUUAAAUGUAUAAAGGACUUUUAUACCCUCAACUUGAUGGCGGAUCGACUGAUCGGACGGUUUAGAAUGAGGUUGGAUGGUAAAUCUUUAGCAAGCGAGGGGUUUGCGGGAACGACGAAGGGCCCGCCAAACGCGCUUCCAUCGGGCGAGGCGUUUGGUUGAACCACUGCAACCACCACUUUUUAAUUAUUAUUUUAAUAAUAAAUAUAAUAAUGAUUUAAUAAAUUCGCGCGUCCUACUUGUCUAUUUGCUCCUUUUUCUGCUCUCUCUCUCUCUCUCUCUCUCUCUCUCUCUCUAUGCUUUUGUUCUCCAGGGAGACUCGCCGGUGGGUGGUUGUGGUGGGAAGUCUCCGUUAGCCGGCGGGAGGAUUCUGGUGGCGUCUCCUCCUUGCUGGGUGCGUGGGAGGACGGGGUGGAAUCGUCUGGGGCCUUCUCGUGGGACUGAGGAGGCUCGGAGGGGCCGGAUCUCGUCGUUGAUUGAUUCCCUCCUCCGAGAGUAAUGUGGUACUGGAGCUCGGGGGAGGUGGCGGAGGGAAGACGGUAGAGGUUUGGGGGACUCUUCUGUUCGCCAGGGACAGUCUGCGGUUGUUGGAAGCGUCGCCCGCUCUGGGAGAGGGUCCCUAGGCCCAGGGAAAUCGGUAUGAGAUGGUGAGCCGUGUGAUCUCAGAAUUUACUCACACUUCCGUCAUGUUUCCCCCCUUGUCUUCUUUUCCCUUCUUGUAGUUGAUUCCGCAGCGAUGUGCUGCCGCCUUGGUAGUUUUGUUUUACGUUGACCGCGCUGUGUUGGUCUUAUCCUUUGCUAGAUUUCGCCCUCGUUCUCAUGCGUCAGCUUAAAACAUUUGCUCUGGUAAAUAGGAUGCAUCACAGGGAACAGUCUGACGAUUUUUUCAAUUUUAUUGGUCAAUCUGUUAAUCGGGUCUAUUCAGGGUUCUCCUCCUUUUAAUGCGGGAAACACAAGGUCGAAAGCUCUGUUGCAUUGCUUAAUUCUCUUUGCAAUCUUCUGAAUUCUCACUCUAAUUUAACGUGAUGUAUGCCUAUGUGAAAUGCUUUAUUCUAAGAUUUCGUUGACCUUUCUGUUAUAGGGAUGUUGGAUGUAAUGCUUAAGGUUGUCAGCAACACAGAACUAUAUAAAAUAAAUUGGGUGGAUCAGAUAAACGAUAUGCAUAACUAUUUUUUGGACUCUGUAGUCGCAACUUUUGUUCUUAUUUACUAUGAAUGGGUUUCGCAGUAGUAUGGAGCUCCUGCUUCACUGGUAGAGCUGUGUGCUUCUAGAUCUUCCUUGUUGAUUUAAGUUACGAAACUGGUCAAUUUGUUUACUGUGAUUAGAUGAGAUUUUUGUGAAUGUCAACCUCUUGACUUGGUUGUUUGCUAAUGUCAACAAUUGUCCGUGUUUUAUUCUUCUAAAUUUAAGCUAGCAAGAAUAAACAUAAUUCUUUCGGUAGAAAAAAGUUCCGUGUUGUUUAAUUUUUUUUAUUUUCUUCAUAUGAGGGAUUGCUAUUUUGUUUUGCCCUCUUUAACCUUCCAAUGAUAGGAAGUUUGCCUUUUUUACCUUCUCUGUUUUACUUUAUUGCGUAUUGGGAAUGAUUUAGAUUCUGAUUAACUUCUUUGCCUUCUUAUUUUUGACUUGUUCUCUACUGUCCUUUUUUUCUGCAGGUGGAAGGAAAAUCUUGUCUGUCUAGGGAGGUUAAGACUAGGUUAGAAAUUCUCAAGCGUAAAAGGCUUCAGCAAUUGAAAUCGGGUGUCACACACGGAAGGGAUGUUUCUAAUAUGAGGACGAGAAGUGGAGGGGAUGCCUUGAAAGCAUCUUCUUCUUAUGGAUGCCCACCGCAGGGCAAUGCAGAUGGAUUUGCUUUCAACUUUAAUGCCUCUCCUGCAAAGGAUGCCUUUGCUAAGCACAAGGUUGAAAAGCUUCCAAUUUCAAACUUAGAAUGGAUUGAGAAAAUCCCGGAAUGCCCCAUUUUUUCUCCAUCGAAAGAAGAGUUUGAGGAUCCGCUCAUCUACUUGCAAAGAAUUGCUCCCAUUGCUUCAAAAUUUGGUAAUAUUCAAUUUCCUGAUUUUAUUAUUUCUAGGUACUACGUCAAUGUAUGCUUUGUUCGAUCUAGGUCCUGUAUUUUUAAAGCCAUCCUCAUCACAAAUGCUUUUCUCAAUCACAUCAAAGCUCUUCUGUCUAACGACUAAUUUCUGAAUCUCAGGAGACUCACUGUUCAUUUUCAUUUUCAUGUCUUCUCUUUAAAGUAUCUUUUUUGUUGAUAUUUCAAUGGUUUCCUUCAAUUUUGUCGAAUCGAAUCAGAACAUUUGCUUUAAUUCUCAUAAGACAGGAAUAUACCAUCGACUUAAGUUGUGUUGCUCCAUAUUUCUUUUCCUGGCAUCAAGUUCUUGAUCUCAACAGAAAUACUGCGACGUACAUUUGGUGAUAUUUGUUGGAAGAUAGAAUGGAGAAUAGUUAUUGUCCACAUAUAUUUAGCUUUAAAUUACAUUCUGGAGCUUACGUGUAGUACAAUGCUGUAGGCAUUUGCAAGAUAAUAUCCCCGUUGAGUGCCUCUGUACCUGCUGGCAUGGUAUUAAUGAAGGAGAAAGCUGGAUUCAAGUUUACGACCAGAGUUCAGCCUCUCCGUCUUGCAGAGUGGGAUAGAGAUGAUAAGAUUACAUUUUUCAUGAGCGGAAGGUAAUCAUGUUGUUCAACAAGGGACGAUAUUUUAAUUUGGGCGGUUUAUGAGUAUUUGAACGAUUUUUCAGGAAUUAUACAUUUCGUGAAUACGAGAAAAUGGCAAACAAGGUGUUCUCCAGAAGGUACUCGAGUUCAGGGUGUCUUCCAGAAAGAUACCUAGAGGAAGAAUUUUGGCAUGAAAUAGCCUUUGGGAAGACAGAGUCGGUUGAAUAUGCAUGUGAUGUUGAUGGCAGUGCCUUCUCAUCAUCGGCUAGAGAUGAGCUUGGAAAAAGCAAAUGGAAUCUGAAGGUGAUAUUUUGUUUUUUCAAUUUUUAUAUCAUCUGCCGAUGAAAUUUAAUGUUGUAGCUUUGAUGGCCCCUGUAGUCAGAAUAAAUCGGUUUUUUUUUUUGGUUCUCUUUCAGCUUAUGUAAAAACACUUGCAGGGUUAACAUUUUCUCAUGUGCACUGGCAUUGGUACUUGUAUUAGAUUUUCUGAUUAUAUUGGUUGUAUCUCUGGCAUUGGUACUUGCCUUUCUAAUCGGGCUUCUUCAUUAAGAAAUCAGUCUCUGAUCAAAGUUGAAGAAGAAUAGAUGCGAACAUGUCUUCUUCUACAAAAAUACAUCAGAACAAAUUUAUGGAUCCGGAGAAAGAAGAUGCUUCUAGUUAAAAAAAUAAAUAAAAUUAUGCCUUAAAUUUUAUGGAUCUGAAGUUGGGUUGUCUCUGUGGCCAUCUACCGACGAAGUAUCCUUCUUAAUAUUCUUCACCUUAUGUAAAAACACUGGCAUUUGUACCUGAUGCUUGUUUUACCUCAGACCUCUACUAGUAUUACAUUUAAAAUUUUGUGUUCCCUUUUUUCUUCUGGUAAUCCAUUACUUAUCCUCCUUUUGUGCAUUGCGGGCAGAAACUUUCCCGUCUACCGAGGUCAAUUCUGAGGCUUCUGGGAACAGCUAUACCGGUAAAUUAUUUUUUCUGGCUUUUGAAGUUCAAUAACUGUUACAUCAGUUACGAUUGCAGCUUUUGAGUAUGUUAUUUCUAACAACCGUGUUUUCUUUUCAGGGAGUGACUGAUCCCAUGCUUUACAUAGGAAUGCUAUUCAGCAUGUUUGCUUGGCAUGUAGAGGACCACUAUCUCUACAGGUAAUUUUAAAAGAUGACGUAAGAUCUUUUUAUUCUCAAUCUUGUAUUUUUAUCAUUCCGAUUGGUUCCUACCUCUGUGCUUGAUUGUUGUCACUUCGGAGUAGAGAAUGCAGUUGGCUAACAUGGAAUUCAGUCAUCUUAUUCUUGAUUAUGACUGAUAUUCAUGUUGUUACUUUUUCCUACCAGCAUUAAUUAUCAUCACUGUGGAGCCUCAAAAACAUGGUAUGGGAUUCCUGGGAAUGCUGCUCUCCAUUUCGAGAAGGUCGUGCGGGAGACGGUCUAUUCUCAUGAAAUUUUAUCAAGCAACGUAGAUGAUGCAGCAUUUGAUGUUCUUCUCGGGAAAACAACCAUGUUUCCACCAAACAUUUUGCUCGACCAUGGUGUCCCCGUCUAUAAAGCCGUACAGAAACCUGGGGAAUUUGUCAUCACCUUUCCUCGGGCAUACCAUGCAGGUUUUAGCCACGGUAAGAAAUGUUUCAUGCAUAAUUGUCUUCUCCCCCGAGAUUGAAAUAUUAACUUCCUUGACUAAAUAUGCACUAUCUUAUGAUCAACUUUCAGGUUUUUAAUUGUGGCGAGGCGGUCAAUUUGAUUCAUAUCUGAUAUUUCAUGCAUAAUUGUCUUCUCCCCCGAGACAUAAAUAUUAACUUUCUUGACUAAAUAUGCACCACCGUAUGAUCAACUUUCAGGUUUUAAUUGUGGCGAGGCGGUCAAUUUUGCGAUUGGCGAUUGGUUUCGACUAGGAGAAAUGGCUAGUCAGCGGUAUGCACUCCUCAAUAGGGUGCCACUUCUGCCUCACGAAGAACUUCUCUGUAAGGAAGCAAUUAUUCUCCACAAUAGAUUCUCUGAUCCCAAGGACCGAGCCUUUUCAAGUGAAGACGUGGUUUCACAUAAAACCGUCAAAGUUUUAUUCGUGCAAAUGAUGCGAUUCCAGCAUCGUGCUCGCUGGUCCCUGACGAAAUCUGGAGCACGAUCAUAUUAUUCCCCAAAUUCUCAGGGAACCAUUCUUUGUGGCAUCUGCAAGCGUGAUUGCUAUCUAUCUUAUGUCACAUGCAACUGCCAUGAACAUCCCAUCUGUCUUCGCCACGGUAGGAUUCUAACAUCGCCUUCUACAGUUUCCAUCACUUUUCGCAUACAAUCAUUUUUGGGAUUAUUAACGUCUACAUAUUUCCUGUUUAUGAGCUUUCAGAGACUGAGAUGGUCAACUGUCAAUGUGGUCGAAAUCGUGCCGUCUUUUCUCGGGAGGAUAUCUUUGAAAUGGAAACUGCAUCUCAGCGGUUUGAACAGGACGAGGGAGUACUUGCAGAGAUGGAGAGACAGAUCGGAAGUAAUGAUGAAACCCUAAUGUGGCGAUAUUUCUCACCUGGCAGCAGAGAGGAUGGCUAUGUUCCAUAUUGUGGUAUCAAUAUUGAAGUGGGCUUCAAAGAUCUAGAGCAAUCUCAUCACCGAUCACUUGAUUUUGUUUCAAUAUCAAAAAAAGGCAUCUAUUCAGAUAACGGCAGUGACUUAGUUAAAGAUGAUGGUUCGCCAGAAUAUAUCUACUCAUUUGGGACUUCAAAUGUUUCUUCUGCAUUGAAGCCUGACAGAAGAAGAUCUUCAUUUAAUGAUGAAGUAAGUGUUUACAUUCUACUAGAUUCAUCUAAUUCCUUUUGACUUUGGAUAAUUGUUGCAUCAAUAAAGGCGCGGAUGCGCUGGGCAUUAUUUACAUCUUCCUCCUUAUGUGGCACGCAGGGUUCUUUCUAUAAAGCGUUGACCAAUGGAGAUGAGGUGUGCAGAGAGGGGUCAGGCAGCGCCGAUUACUGUGUUCAAUCAUCUAGCAAGUGCUCGGGAACCAAUUCCUGUUCUCCAUUCAGAGAGAUCUUCCAAGAGAGUGACGACUCUGAUUCUGAGAUAUUUAGGGUGAAGCGUCGGUCCACUUCCAGAGAAGAGCAGAAAUCCUCCUCCAGUCUCUUGAACUCCGACUUCUCUGAGCAACAGGUUUGACUUUUUAUCUUUUUUUUUUCAUUAGGAUUUUUGUUUGAUGUUCUUAUUUAUCUUAUAGGAGAAGUUUUAUCGCAGCCCGCGUUUCUUGUUUUUCAAUGUAUUAAAUACCAAAAAAAAUUUAAUUCAGUCAAGAGCUUGCCUUUAUGGUGAUGUUUUGAGCAGAUAACUCCCAGUGAAAACUUCCAGUUGGCUGUACUAAUGAGCCCACUAGGCCAAAGAACCACUAAUAUAUUGACCUAGUGUGGUUGUCCCCUCUCUCUCUCUCUCUCUCUCUCUCUCUCUACCUAUCUAUCCAUCUCUUGCUUUAGAUCACUCACAGGGUUUAAGCAUUGCUGAUAGCCUCCUGGUGUUGCUCUCCAUGAUGGAAUGCAUGUUCAUGAGCUGCACCCUCUCUUGUUUCAGGGACUGAAACGCCUAAAGAAGCUGAACCCCGGGGGUAGGCCGGCGGUCGGCGGUGGCAGUGGCGGUGGCGGUGCCACUGCCACCAGCAGCGUCCAUCCCAGAGAAGCUGUCCCUCCUCUUGUCAAGAAGAAGACCUGUGCUCGGCCCAAACAGCCGCAGCCAUGGGUCUGGAGUGAGCCCACCCCCAGGGAGCAUUCUCCCAUCGGAGGUGGGCAGCGGCGGACCAAGGUCAGAGGCCCCUCGGAGGGAGAAUCCGGCUCGAGGUGGUUCUGGUGAGCGGCGGCUCUCUCUCUCACUCUUUAACAAACGGUGGCUCCGGCGGCCCGUGACCAACAAGGGGAAAGAUCUCUGAGUACAUUAGGUGAGGUGUGGUGGCGGUAGUCUGAUUCUUUGUGCUGGCCUCGAAUUGGAGGCGGCGGCACGGCCAUUUUUAUCCCGCUUGUACAGGCCGGAGGAGGUCCUCGGCGGGGAUUUAACGGCAUUUGAUGCUCUCUCUCUCUCUCCCAGCUCCUCUUCUCACCAACUUUCUUUCUCCACCUUUUCCUUUCCGUUAGAGAGAGAGAGGGAGAAUGAGAGAGAGAUUUGACUAGAUUCCUAAUAUCUUCUCAGCAACUUUCUUUACCUUCUCCUUGCAGUUAGCGAGAGAGAGAGAGAGAGAGAGAGAGAGAGAGAGAGAGAGAUCUCCUGGGUAAGCUCGAACUCCUAGUCUCUUCUCCGCAACUUCCUCUCCCUUUCCUUGCCGUUAGAGAGAGAAAGAGAGAGAGAUAGGACUCGAUUAUCUGCUAGGAAGGCUAAAAUUCAUAGUAUCUCCCAUCGUGCUUUGAUUUUCAGGAUCAAUUAUGGUCUCUCCCCCCUUCCUCUCUCUCUCUCUCUCUCUCUCUCUCUCGCUCUCUAUCUAUCUAUCUAUCUCUGCCCUGGAAUCCUGGGCCCAGGCCCAGACAAGGCCAAAACGGUAACCGAUAUUAUUGGGCCUCUAGUUAGCAGGUCCACGUAGUUACGAAGCUUUAAUAUAUCCCGGUGACCACAUCUCUGUAGGGCCCACAUCGAUGGACGUAGCGCACCGUCUGUACAACCGACAUCUCGUCCAGUCUGGCCGCGAAGGCGGUGGCCAUACUGUAAUCGAAAGGAGGUGAUCUUAUCUCCCGUGGGGCCCGAAACCCUGGGCCUGCUCAACAAUCAGGUUAUUGGGCCAUAACACUGGGCCGACCCACGAUUACACCAUAAUACCCUCCUUUGGGCCGGCUUUGGGGAUACGUGGCUCGUUAAAAAAAAAAAGAUAGGGAGCAGUGAUCCUGCCUACGUAAUUAGUAAAGAUUGGGGAGUUUUUAUUGAGAGAUUCUUUGGGACGCGAAGGAGCGAGAAGAUGCGUCUGCUUGUCAUCGCCGGCGAUCGCUUUCCGCCGCGGGGGAAUCCAUCGCCUCUCCUUGGCUGAACCGGGGGAGCAUCGUCGGAGCUGCGGCGGCAGGCGAAGAGCUUCCGUCUCUUCUUCUUCUCCUCCAUUCCUCUCCCGGCCAGGUGCUCGCUGGCGUCUUCGAAUCCGUGUGGCCACCGAUUUCUCCAAGAAUCGCCUGGUAUUAUCAUUUUGGAUUACCUUCACGCCGCCUUUGGCUCAAAUUUAGUCAAUUUAUUUCAAAAUAUACUAAAUUAUAAAACAAAAAUGCCUAUUAUCUGUCCGCUUGCGAUUGUAUAUGGGCUAGUCGCCGUUUGUCGGCUUGGCUUCGCAAUUGCUCUCAUGUAGUGGUUGACCAUAAGAGCAUUAUGGAUCUUCUUAAUUUGGGAUCCUAAAUCUUCUGUUUCUGUCCCCACGACGAUCCUCUAUCAUUUGAUGGCUUCGUGUUCAGUUUUUUUUUCCAUCAACCUACGGUGGGGGAAAAUUGCUCCGUAAAUCACUUUUAUUCAUGAUCAGCGUGAAUUUGUUCUCAUAUUUUCGUUUGUCUUAAUCGAUGAAAUAACGAGGAAGUAGUUAAGUUGCAUGCCUGAACUUGGAAGGGGGUUCGUCUGUUGAUAUGCAAAUUUGCAAGGAACUCUCAUUUGAUUCAUAUGAAACUAGAAAUAUUCUGGUGAUUCGAGGGAGCAAAUAUUUUAUGUCAUAUUUCACCGGUAUAUAUUAUCUUGAAAGAGAAAUUUUGCGCUGGGCUGUCGGCUAGUCUCAUAUCAUUGUUUACUGUUCCUCGUCAUAUGCUUAUUCUAGUGCCCCAGCACAUACCUAAAAUUUUAUGGGGAAUUCAUGCGGGUAUAGGCCUUAUUAUUCAUCCGGUUUACAUGGAUGAACCUAUUACCAGCGAGCCUCCAAACUGGGGUCGACCCAAGCUUUUAAGGGAUAUAUUUCAGUGCCUGUCCUUGUGGAAGAUGAUGCAUUACAGGUGCAUUUUAAUUUUUUAAAGCUCCAUGGUUUGAUGUAGAAAUGCAAUUCUCGUUGCUACAACAUGGAGUUGUUGGAUCUACUCAGAAAAUAUUUUGAAUGUGGUUGACUGAACUACAGAGGACAGCUAAAAGUGGAUGGGUUCCACCCAGAUCUAUCCUUCAGCAUUCCCGGAAAAUGUUUUCUGUCGUGUCAGAUGUUCUUCUCUUCAGGGUGAACUAAAGUUUGGAUGAUAUUGGUGAAGGACUUCGUGGCCCAUGAUCUCGUUAGAUGCAUGAAGGACCCAACCAUACUGGUCCAGAGGCUAGUCAGACCCAAAUCGCUUUAACAAGAAUUGCUCUGGAAAAGAAAGCGCAUUUAUGGUUGUCGAUUUUAUUUUUUUUGGAUGUAGAUCAGUCCUGUGCUUUCUUAAACGUAUUUUUUAGAUGAUGAUAUUCUUUUAUAUGGUAACUACUGACUGCGAAUUGUUUUAAUUAUUUGAUGCAGGUUGGGCUCAGACACGAAGUGAUAUGAUGACUAUGGUUUUCUUUCCUUAGCUGGAGGAUGAGUGACUUCCACCAUAGCUUGCUUCGAUUCGAUGUCUUCUGAUUGUUUAAUGGAUAGAAGACGACACAUUGCUAUCUUUACGACAGCAAGCCUCCCAUGGAUGACUGGAACUGCUGUCAAUCCUCUUUUUCGUGCAGCUUACCUUGAAAAGGCUGGAGAUUGGAAGGUCACCCUGGCAAUUCCAUGGCUAUCUUUGAAGGAUCAGGAGUUAGUUUAUCCAGGUAAAAUUGCAUUUGCUUCUCCGAGGGAGCAUGAAAACUAUGUUCGUCAGUGGGUUCAAGAAAGGACGGGAUUGAUUUCAGGUUUCAAAAUUGGCUUCUACCCUGGAAAGGUAAAUCUUCUUUGCCCAUGUUGGCAUCUACCAGAUGGAUGUCAAAACCAUUUUCAAGGUCUUUAAAUAGAUGCAACGUGUAAUACGGGGAAGUUAAUCCCAGAAACAAGGUGACAAAACAGCACUUGAAAAAUGUGGCGAAAGAGAAAUUGUUUGAACAUUUAAAAAUAAAAUUUAUAUUUAAAAUUUUUAAAGCUUCGCGCACAUUUAGAUGGUUUAUAUUAGUAUAAAGUUGAUAUGAUAUUUGUGUUAUGUUGCUUACUUCAAUGAUAACUAUGUAUUUCACAUUUCGGGCAUCCCUAACUCUUACUUUAUUCGUAUAAAUUUCAUGGUGUUUAAUCUUAAAAUAAUAAAGCUCAAGGAUAACUCUGAAAUUUGUGGUACAAGGAUCCAAUGAUGAAACUACCUCUCUCUCUCUCUCUCUCUCUCUCUCUCUGGUUUGCCAUCCGGGGUGGACCGGAUGCGGCAAACCCAAGUUGGGAAACUGUUCCAGCCAUCCCAUCAUGAUCCUAACCUUAUCAAGCUUUUUCUUUGACAUGCAUUGGAGACGGCAUACUUGGAACUCUUUAGAAUGUGACCAUACGGCCCCUAUCAUCCUCAGAAUACUUGUCCCAGAGGACUAGUCUUGAGUGAGGAUCAAAAUCACCCCUGACAGAUUGGAGUCUGGAGUCAUGACCCCUGUUUCUUGAUUAUUAUCGGUAUAAGUGUAAUCUUCACUCUGGAAAACGGUUGCCCUAGUCGCCUUGCGUUCAGUGCCUCUAGCAGUCAUAACUUCAUCGCCGUCAAACGCUAUGUAGAAUCACAUGAAACGUUUGUAAUCAUGUGCUUUUCUCUCUUCUACUCCUCUUGUAUUAAUCUUCUCCUCUCUCUAGCUCGCUCUCUGUUUCCUCAUGUGGGCGACUAGUAAUCAGUCAUCGCAUGACCAUAGAUUGAAACUUCGGCCAUUUUCUCUGGUUGUUACUUAUUUAAUAUGCAGCCUAUAAUACUUCACGGUAGGACAGCUUCUGGGUUCAGCUUGGAGCCUCCAGACUCAUCAAUGAACCCAUUUAAUCUUGGUCUCCACCUUCCCAAUCUUUUAGAAAAAAAAAACGUUGUGUCGUACAGCUGCUCUCUGAAACUGUCGUAUUGCUUGUGGUAAUGGCAGAAAGUACGGAUAUAACUUGCUAUUUUUUACGAUGCUUGAUGAAUAAACUGCGACUUAUUUCAUUUUCAGUUCUCCAAAGACAAAAGGAGCAUCCUACCCGUCGGGGAUAUUACAGAAGUCAUCCCGGAUGAAGAGGCCGACAUUGCUGUUCUUGAGGAGCCUGAGCAUCUCACGUGGUACCAUCAUGGCCGAAGGUGGAAAACCAAAUUCAGGCGAGUUAUAGGAAUCGUCCACACCAAUUACUUGGAGUACGUAAAGAGAGAGAAAAACGGGCUCAUCCAGGCCUUCUUUCUGAAGCAUAUCAAUAACUGGGUCACCCACAUCUACUGCCACAAGGUAAGCUUUUAAAGCAGGUAAAUUUAUCGCUUUUCUGGCCUUCCAGUUCCUCCCUAUACAGGACUCCUCUGCUUUGUUUUUUUUUUCUUAUGAGGCUGGAGAAUUUGAUUCAGGCCUGGAAGGCAUGAUUCUACAGGGAAAUUCCGGCCGUAUUUUUUUACCUUUUUUUUUUAUAUAAAAAAGGGCCGCUGUCAUGGCCCACUGAUCUUACCGAAGCAUCUUAAGGUAUCCAAUCGUGAUAUUCUAGUCUGUAUGGGGAGAGGGGGGGGGGGGGACAUUAAUGGGCCCCCCUAGAAGAUCACUUUUAAGGCAUGAAUGGUAA